GUUGCAUGUCUACGCAGAGUGAUACGGAACGCGGAGUUCGAAUUUCGAAAAAGUUUCUCGCCCCCGAAAAUAAUUCUGUGAACCUUGUUCGUUUCUAAAACAGUGUUCCAUUUUCAAAUCAUAUAUUUAAAAGUUGACAGUACACACUUUUUAUUUUAUUUUUCCUUUUUUUUUUAUUUAAUAUAAUAUACAAAGUGGUAAAACUUUAUGCCAGGAUCUUUGUGUGGAUGAUUGAGAAACAACAAUUCUAAGUGUGUGUGUGUUGAAAUUGUUGUGUUUACAGUUAAUUAAGAAAUAGUUGAACAAGUGCCAGUACUAAUCAUAAUGCGGAUUCGAGACUGUGAUUACAAAAGUUUCUGAUGAAUGUAAAAUGAGCGGAAACAUAUCACAUCAAAAACAAUACAGAGGAAAAUGUUUACUUAACUACAAAUAAAAUGGAUGUAAGAAUAGAACGGAUAUCACAAACCAUCGCUAUGGUAUUGUUUUGCAAUAUUUGUUUAAUAAACAACGUAAAAAACGAAAACAUGAACGGGGAGUUUACAAACGUUGUGAUUUUAAAUGAUAUAGUAGAUAGCAAAUUUAUUUCAUUAAAUUUAGAUAAAUAUAAAAGAUCUGUAAAUAACUCGGGUGAUACAUCACCUGUUUUUGAUGAUGCUGAAUAUAUGUUUACAAAUAAUAGUAAUAAAUUAGUUCCAAACGAUGAUAAGGUAAUAAAUGACUCCGAUAUACAAUAUGGAAGAAUUGUAAAUAGCGAAGAAGAUAUCAAUAAUCAAUACGAUGGCUUUAACUACACAGAAGAGCCAUGUGUUGGUGAUCCAGAAUUUUGUAACAUGACAAGAGAAGAAUACAUAGAUAUGUUAAAUGAAUAUAUAUUUCCACACCCUUACGAAUGGGUAUUGAUAGCGACUCAUGCGAUUGUGUUUGUGAUUGGACUCAUAGGGAAUGCUUUAGUGUGCAUAGCGGUGUAUAGGAAUCAUUCAAUGAGGACAGUGACGAACUAUUUCAUAGUGAAUUUGGCAGUGGCUGACUUUAUGGUGAUCUUAAUAUGUCUACCGCCGACCGUGCUGUGGGACGUGACAGAGACGUGGUUCUUCGGCACUGCAAUGUGUAGAAUCGUCCUCUAUUUUCAGUCGGUGUCAGUGACAGUGUCCGUGCUGACAUUGACCUUCAUCUCGGUGGACCGCUGGUACGCCAUCUGCUUCCCGCUCAAGUUCAAGUCCACUACUGGACGAGCCAAGACCGCCAUACUUAUUAUAUGGCUGCUAUCACUUCUUUUCAACAUACCAGAAUUCGUGAUGCUACAAGUGCAAAGGAAGAUGCAGCUCCGUUUCAAUGUGCAGUACUUCAUGCAGUGUGCUUCGACGUGGUCAGACGACAGUGACCUCAAUUGGCACAUCAUAAAAGCGCUUUUUCUUUACACGUUUCCGCUACUACUCAUGAUGAUAGCGUACUGUCAAAUCGUGAGGGUGCUAUGGAGGUCUGACAACAUACCUGGCCACACGGAAUCCCAUAAACUCUGCGCCACUCCCACCGCUGGACAGAAUAACUGGUUAGCAGCAAAUAGAAGGACAACGCCUUCAAUCCACGCCAACGCAUCGACAGAGGGACAACUUCGUUCUAGAAGAAAGGCCGCCAAGAUGUUGGUAGCAGUUGUGGUCAUGUUCGCUGUCUGCUACUUUCCAGUGCAUCUUCUGUCUGUACUCAGAUUGGCUUACGACGUUCAACAAACGGAUGUGAUGACGUGCAUUGCCCUCAUAUCGCACGUGAUGUGUUACGCCAACUCCGCCGUCAACCCGCUCAUCUACAACUUCAUGAGUGGCAAAUUCCGCAGGGAAUUCCACAGAUCCUACUUCAAGUGCUUCUGCUGCUGCCUCUCAGCACCACCAGCAGAACAGAAUGGCACAUCCUUCGCUCCGAUCGGCAGCUCCCGAGCGGGCACCACCCGGACCAUUGUGAGACGUAACGACUCCUGCGUGAGUUACAGACUUACCCAUCUCUCCCCAUCGAACCACAACUUACAUCGAGACUGUGUGAGGAAUUCCAAUACAUCUUUCAUUGAGCAAAUAAACGGUAACCGACGACCGAAGGUCCGGGAUGAUUCGCUCAGUGAAUCCGCUACGAGAUUCACCCUAACUACCGACGGUAGAGAUUGACAGUUAGGCAAGAACUUUCUUGUCUGCUACAACGAUAUAAGAAAAGACGGUAUCGAAAGUUACAUAGCUAGAAGCACGAACAGCAUCGACUGUAAGCCGCACUACGAUUGCUUCAAAGGUGCUGGUACGAGCGGAGGGUGUGAGUUUGGUAAGAAGAAGAUCGAUUUCAUGGACGAACGACACAGCGACACCUAUGCGGAUUACAGAGAGGACGAGUCGAAAGAACUGUUCACUCUGCACGACGAAUGCAAAAACGGGUUUAAAUUUAAGUUCAACCGUAGUUUAAAUAGUUGUCAGAUUAAAAAUAAGAGAAAAAUUAAUACCGUGUACUAGAUUAAGUAGGAUUAGACCAUGAACAAGUUAGAUCUGGCUUUUUUUGGAACAUGAAUAUUUUGGAAUAAUCAUAAAUUAAUUUGAAUUCUUUAAUUUAGUGUAACCGGUGAAAAAGACUGUUAAUAACAACGAUAGAUGUAGUGCUGAAUAUGGAGAAAAUACUAAGGUACUUGGUAAUACAGGUAAAUCAUGUACAUCAGAAUCCAAAAUCACAUCAUUAACCCUUCUUUGCAUAAUGGUGGAAAUCUCCAUCAUAACAUUGAAUGUCCAAAAAAUAUAUAAAAAACCAAGUUCACUUUAAGUUGAUCGUGUCUGGAUACCUGUUUGAUGUCCAUUGCAAAAAACAAAACAUGGGUGUCAAAUUUAAUUUUUUAACAAGCUGAAAAAGCUGAUAAUCCAAUUGAAAUAACUCAACACAGUAACAGCAGCUACUAAAAAUACAAUGUGUAGAAACGCUGUUUGCAUUUAGAUGCAUAAACAACAUACGCCGUUUCCGUGGACUUAACUAUGUUUGUAAACAUAAUCGAUUAUAACUAGCUAGUUAACCCGUACGGGUUUGCGUGUUGGGCAGCUGUUUGCUUGUAUUAAGUACUUGCGAGCAUUUUGGGUACACAAAGUGAAUAAUAUAAGUGUCACUAAUUUUUACCCGUGACUUCGCUUGUACGACCUGGAGAUUGAAAUACUGCAUGUAAGUAAAAUUUCAUAUUUUAUUUAACACGUUGGGCCUGGCGCCAGUCCCUGGGGACCGGCAGCGAAUUUGCCGUGUGGCCGGCGCCGGUCCCUAGGGACCAGCAGCGAACUUUCCGUGUGGUCAGCGUCGGCCCCUGGGGACCGGCACUAGAAUUUUCCGUGUGGCCAGCGUCGGACAUAUUCAAUGUGAUGGGCAAUAACUAUUUCCAAAAAAAAACUAAAUUCAAUUUUCUUUUUACGAACAAUCUGUACACUUCGAUAGGUCUUUUGUAACUGAUCACCUCUCGAAAAUACGUACAUCAUACGAAAAUAUGGAAUAAAAUCACACUUACAUUACACAUACACCUAAAAAACGUCCAAAAUAGCGCGACAAAGAAUUCUUUAUCUCAUUAGUACUAAAGUAAUCUCUUGGCGAUAGCAUACAACAUUGUAUCUCUCGCCGGCUGCCGGCUGAACGGAAAGGACAGCAAAUUCGGCGCCGGGCUCAACGUGCUAAUGUUUGAAUAAGCCGUAAAGACAAAUAAACUCACUUAUACAUUUAUAAUAUUAGUAUGAACAGAUUUAUUUUAAAAUGUAAUAUUUUAUAUUUAUAUUUUUAACCUACCUGCCAUAAUACUUUUAACUGUACGAAGAGAAAAAAGUCAAACGGAGGAGGUAAAUUACAAACAAAAACAAGGUUUAUUUACAAUAAUAUAAUUUCAGUAAUAACAGUCACUUAAAUGAAAACCUAACCUUUCUAAAUUUUACAAAAAAGUAAUUUGCUUGGGCACCUUUGUCCCAUUCGUGUUUCAACAACACAGUUGUCUGUUGUGUGUUUGCACAACUGUAUUUCAAUUUGAAGGGUGAGAUAUGGCAGUGAAUUUACAAGGUACAAAGGAAUAACACCUGAGUCCUCAGGAAUGGCAACGCAUGGGGGGUAUCAUGGGCGAAACAGUAUACUCUGUUAUGUCCAUGAUACUGCUCAUGUCUAUAGGCGACGGUUACCACUUUCCAUCUGGUGGGAUGUCAGCUUGUUUGCCAUUCUAAAUUACAUAAAAAAAUUAUAUGUUUAUAAUAUAUUAAAUAUUACUUCAUUUUUUCUCUAUUCAAUAAUGCACCGCCUACUAUUUUCUCGAUUUACAAAGGAAUAACACCUGAGUCCUCAGGAAUGACAACGCAUGAAGGGUAUCAUGAGCGAAACAGUAUACUCUGUUACGUUCAUGGUACUGCUCAUGUCUAUAGGCGACGGUUACCACUUUCCAUCAGGUGGGCCGUCAGCUUGUUUGCCAUUCUAAGUUGUAUAAAAAAAAUUUUGCCCAAUGACUGACUGAUAGAGAACACCGUCCGGUGUCAAGUCCGCCAAAUAUACAUAAAAUUUCAAUGAGCAUUAAAAUUUUAAUGAAAUUAAAUAAAUAAAUAGUUUUAGCAUUCAUAUCACGUAAUUUGCAUUAUAUUAUAAUAUAUUAUAAUUGCAAAUAGCAUUUGGCAUUCCAUUGUGUCUGCCUACCCUAAUGGGAGACAGGCGUGACAGAUAUGUAUGUAUGUAUGUAUCACGUAAUAAAAUACACCGUCAAAUCGAGACUCCCGUUUGGAAUUCGUCUAAAAAAUAUCCCUUAUUAUUGAUCCUUAAACAUAAAAGACAGUCCCUGUAGAUGUUUCUAAUGCUAUCAAUAUAGUUAAUUAAGAGGGAUGCUUAUUUAAAUAAAAUUUGUUAGCAUUCAUAUCUAAGGUACUUUCCUACUUUCUAGCCCCUACCUUCCUCCACCUUAUAAAUCAGAGUUUCUCAAAGUUGCUCCCAAAUUUAUGACGGCCACCGCCCACAGUGUGAAUCAAUUACUUUCUAGCGCUCCUUAAAAUAUUUAUUGCAUGUUUAAAAAUCGUUCGAAUUGCAAACAUUACUUUUUCUUUAUUAUUUUUUCUUGCUAUCUUCUUGACGGUUACUUCGGAGCGUUUAUUUCAGUAUUAGGAAAACUAAUUAAAUAUAUCACCGCUAGAUGGCGUAUUAAGAUAAAGCAGAUACCGGAUUUUAAAUUAGACCUUUAGGAGUAUAAUUGUGAAUAAUGCAUCAUUUCUGUGGCCCCUUAACACAAGUUAUAGUAUAUUGCUAGCAAUAGGACCGGUAGCCCGCAUUACUAACAAUAUCUUCUUUUCCCCCGUUCACAGGGGUCAAUACCACCCACUUGGUCAUCGUCACCUUUCAUCCCUCACUGAUGCCCCGCUAGCGUGUACCGAUCGCGCAGGCAGGGUUACCAUUGCAUUAUCACCCAUAAAAAAAAUACCGCCAACUUUGAGAACCAUUGCUAUAAAUAAAUAGACAGAUUAGAUGGAUAAUCCCAAGAAUAUGUUUAGUUAGGCGCUGUAUAAACACUAUGUCGUUUUCGUGCUUAAUACUAAAUUCGUGUACCUUCAUUACAAGAAACUACGUACAUACCAAAUAAAAAAAUAAGCUUAUUUAUAAGCUGAUAUGAUAUUCAUAUAUGUACGCAAAAAGAAUUGUUAAAAAGGAAAAAAUAUAUUAUAUUACUAGUUUUUACUCGUGAGUCUGUCUGCGUAAUCGGAAUAUAUUGGUUGAACGAAAUAAAAAGCAUCCUCCUCCAUUCUAACCGAGUAACAAUAACAAAUUUAAUUACGAACAUUCGAUAAACGAAACAUUUCGUUUUGAAUUUAGAACACAUGACAUGUUUAUUACGUCACAACAAGCACCAAAAAAAAUGGCGGUUCUAAUAAACAAAAUCUCAUUUUGUUCGAAUGAACAUCGAAUAAUCUUUUAAUUGCAAAAACAAAUUAUCAAAAUUUAUUCGGAAAUAGAUGAACCGGCGAAAUUUGUAACAUCAACGCCAUCUAUUAAAUGUAAUCAGAAGUAGUGUUUCUCCCUCGUACGAGGAAUGAGAUGACCUGAUUAUAUAAUUCAUACAAAAUUACCUAUUUUAAAUUUUGGGAUUUUCUCGACUUUUUUUAAACAAACCCUGUAUUCAUGGUAAUCGUAGAAUAAAUUGUUCAUACGUCUUUGUUUAUUUUUGUAUUUCUGGUACAAUAAUGAGUAAAAUAAAUAAAUAAAUAAAACGAACAAGAAUGCAUUCAAAUCGGACUAGCCAUUUUUUAAUUUUCGUGAUACUAACAAACAGCAAUUGUUUUUUAUAUAUAUAUAGAUUAGCGAAUAUUUUAUUUGCCAACUUGAAACAUACAGAUUCUUUGAACAGAGUUGCCAGAUUCGGUUGUUAUUUUUGUCCAAAUGUCAAGAAAAUCUACACUAAAAGGAUUUCGUUCACUUUUAUCCAAUCACAUACUUGUGUUGUUAGUUUUUACCACGUUUUCCAAUGUAACCACUAUGUAAAUAAUAAAAAAAAACCUUAUUUAUCUCCUCAUAUCAGCCUUUAACUGUCCACUGAUGAACAUAAGUCUCCUCUUACUAAUUUACCAAUAGUUGCCACGCUUGGCAGGCGAAUUGGCAACCGCAGUUAGGCUUUGAAUAUGUUUGAAGAGAGACGCUGCUUGCCUUCCAUCGCCCUCUCUUAGCCGCCUCAUACGACACCCACGGGAAAGGAAGGGGUGGCCUAUUCUAUGCCGGGACCACACAGCAUACGGCUUUUUUACCUCAUGUUGCAUACACCCAUUUCUUUUUUCUCCAAAAUAUUCUUUAACAAUGUUAUUUCUACAAAACAUUCCAAAGUCAUAUUUAAACAUAUUUACCCGAAAUUGUGAAAAAAAUAUACAACCUGGCAAUACUGUGUUUAAUAUUGAUUUAUCUAUACAUGAUACGAUUAACAUAAGAUUGACGUGUGUCCUCGAAACCUGAAGAAUUCCGGAAUGUUUCUACCGAAUACCAGAAUGAUUCCGCGUCUUUAGUAUAGUAAAAGACUAAAAUACCCUUCAUUCCUUAUACAUGUUACUAUCUAGUCAAACAGCAGAAAUUUACUUUUAUGUUAGAACGUAGUCUCUUUUAAAAUAAUCAAUAAAAAAUAUAGAACACUAGGGUUCUUCAAAACAGGAGUAAAGAGGUUUUUUUUUUUACAACUUAGAAUGGCAAACAAGCUGACCACUUUUCAUCAGGUGGGCACCUGAUGAAAAGUGGUAACCGUCGCUCUGGUAACUGAGUAUACUGUUUCGCCCAUGAUACUCCCAUGCGUUGCCAUUCCUGAGGACUCAGGUGUUAUUCCUCUGUACCCUGUAAAUUCACUGCCAUAUUCCACCCUUCUGUCGGCACUCACGGAGUGCCACUGUUUUUAUUUAAUUUUUUUUUAAUUAACAAAAUAAACCACGAAAGUCUAUAAAGUUUUAACACAACUGGCCUUUCCAUAAACGUGUAAUGUUUGCUUUCUCAACUGAACCACAACCCAAUACACCCAGGUACGAUUUUAUUUAGAAAACUUCAUUUUCAAAAUUCUCAACGGGAAUCGAACACAAAAUCUCAAUUCAAAGCAACGUACCUCAAACUUUCGAGUAAUAACCACCAAAGUAGAUACCAGAAUAUUCUAGAAUAUUCCACCUGGAAUCCGAUGAGACUUGCUCUUUAUCUACAUCCGAAAUGAUAUACUAGACUUGGAAAUGACAGAAUAAUAUUAGGGGUCAUAAAUUUUAUGCGCAAAGUCGGUUUUUCUCAUAAAAUGUUCGAAUAACGUCCGUUAGAAUUGAUAUAGGUAUUUAAAUAUGAUACUAUAAACAUCGAUAAUAUAUAAUCUCUAGAUACACAAUCAAAUACUAAAAAGUAGUGUAAAAUUUGAUUUAAAUAGAACGCAUUUAAAUCAAAUUUUACACUUAUUUAUUUCUAACUAACCAAAAAAUUUGGUAGUCAGAAAUCUACUUACACAUUUUGUAAAUUUUUUUUGUAAUUUAAAACGUCAAACGAGCUAACGGCUUCCUACAUAGAAGAUGGUGACUGUCGCCUACUCACGUGAACUGUACCGUGGACAUAACAGAUAUUCUAUCGCCCAUGAUACACCUCAUGUAAUGCCAUUCCCGAGAAAUAAGGCCUCUGUAUCCUGUAAUUUCACUGCCAUAUCCCACCCUUCUAAACACAGCCAUGCAAACACAAUUGUUUCAUGCCAUGAACACGAAUGGAACAGAAGUACCCAAGCAAAGAAAGUGUCUUUUAAAAAAAAUCUCUUUCUAGUAACUAGACAUAUAGUUUCUUUUUACCACUUCUAUUUUUUACUAAGGUUUUUUUUUCUAAUUUAAAUUCAAAAUAGUUUAAAUUACUUUUGUAUGAGUUUAUGAAUCUUGGUUUAUUUUAAUAUCAAUGAAAAACAUUAUUUUAGUGGUCAUAUCUUGGAAAUAUAUUUAUAGUUGUGUACUAAAAUGAGAGAUAUUCGUCUGACGACGGAGCAAAUAUAUAACUAACUAGCAGCCAGGGCCCGGCUUUGCACUGUUUUUUAAAUGAAAUAUAUAUUACGUUACUUGUUGACAAUGUAGAUUUAUACAUGUGUAAGAAUUUUUAAAUAUCUGUGAAAUAAAUAAUAAAAAUAAUGAAAAUAUAUUAAUCUGAUUUUUUUUAAUGGGUGAUAAUAGAAUGGCAACCCCGUCUGCGCUAACGGUAUACGCAGGCGGGGCAACAGUGAAGGGUGAUAGGUCAAGAUAAAGCAGGUCAGUUAACCCAUCGUGACGAAUUCAACAAGAAUUGUUCACGAUGGUUUCCAGGGGGAACUACGUGGAGAUCGACCUAAUAGGGCAUAUUGCUAACAAUGGCGAAAUGGCAAAAUAUCGUAAAAUAAAUAGCCCAUGUCCUUCCUCACGGUUUAGUGGUUUUGAUGUAACAGACACAUUUCCCUUCACUGCUCUGCUCCUAUUGAUCGUAGCGUGAUGAAAAGUAUACUAUAACCUGUCCAAGAGUAUGAAGAAUAAUUGUACCAAGUUUCGUUAAAAUCCGUUGAAUAGUUUUUGUUUCUAUAACGAACAUACAGACAGACAGACAAAAAUUUUACUGAUUGCAUUUUCGGCAUCAGUAUCGAUCACUAAUCACCCGCUGAUAGUUAUUUUGGAAAUAUAUUUCAUGUACAGAAUUGACCUCUCUACAGAUUUAUUAUAAGUAUAGACAAUACGUCAAGAUACAUUUUAUGCGUAAGUAAAUAAAAUACUGAUAAAAAAAAUGAGUCUGCUAAUUUGAGAAUUAGCUGACCAAAAGUUGAACGGUUUUUGAAGCUCGAUGCUCUAUCUAUAUAAUCUAAGUUACUAUAGUAUUUUAUUUAGUCUCCGAACCCAAUUCUUAUAAAUAUUUUAUAUAUCAGAAAGUGAGUUUGUUUGUCACAUCUCGGUACCUUAACAAUUUAAACAAUCUCUAUGAACUCGUACACUUAUUACAUGGAAUGAAGAAGGACAUAUAAUUUAUAUAUUUAUUUAAUUUUUAAAUCAAAAUAAUUAACUUUUUCACAAUUGACGACGGUAUACUUUUUUCAUUUCAAAAUCUUAAUUUAAUUAUCAUAUAAAUGCAUUAAAUAUCAGUAAAGAGUUACGAAAUAAAUUCAAAUCCAAAAAAAAAAUUGUACAUAAUUAAGUAUUAAAUAAGUAAGAUUACUUGAAUUGCUUAUUCUAUGCUAUUUGUAAUUUCUAAUUAGAAUUACAUGAAUUGUAUGUAUUUGAAAUUUAUUUUAACCAUUUAAGCGGCUGUAAUGUAGAAACGCCUAAGGGAUUUAUUACACUGUCCAAUAUAUAGGAUCAUUUAUGAAGUUUUCGUACUAUUUGUUUUAGAAACAGUUGACCUGUUUUUGAGGCUCGAUGCACUAUCUAUAUAAUCUAAGGUUUUAUUAUAUUCGUUAAACGUGUAUAUAUAUAUAUAUAUAUAUAUAUAUAUAUA